AUGUCAAUCGAACAUGGUCAAGACGCCGCUCCUUCUGAUCCUUCAUUCGCACUCGGUGAUUUUGUCCUUAUCGGUCCUGAACAUCGCAAGCUGCCAGCGCGAAUUACCCAAAUUCGUCCUUGGCAGAACAAAUAUGAAGUUGAAUUCUAUGAUGGCUGUGACUUUCUCGCACAGCGCUAUCUAACCUCGAGUUGUUACGUAUUUCCUUACUCCAUUCAGGAUGACUCCCUUUAUCAAUCGUACACAUCGGAUAUUCCUCUUUCUAACUCUGAAGAUGAACGCACUCUGCCAGUAGAUGCUGACUCAACUGACCUUCCCACAACGGAAGCUGAAAUAGACCAGCUAACUCCGGUUUCUUCUUUGCCUACCGAUAAACCCCUUGUGUCUGCUUCCGACGAAUAUGUCGAUUCCCUCGCCGGUCUAUCCGACAUAUUUUGUGAGCGUGAUCCAUAUGAAGUUUUUUAUGCUGCGGUUGCUGAUGCAGCACCCAUCCUUAACUUCCAUGCGAUCAAACUACAUAUUGAUAUUGAAGGAAUCGAACCACCUACCCUUAGUUUAGUUUAA